AUUUUGGAGAAUCAGAAACUUUCACAGAUGUCACUUGACGAGUAAAAGCCUUUUCACAGUGGAGAUGGAAAGAGCUGAGGUUGAUGCCAUCCUGUUUCAGCUGCAGAUGUUGCUCUAGUUACAUUUAUCAUGUUUCUGAAAGUUUCACUAGUAAAGGAACAGGACUCGUGUUUGCCUGACCCAUCAUUGUUUGCCUAAAUCAGCUGAACUUUAGGACUGUGAUUGAAGCGUAGAGGCCUCGUAUCAGUUUCUCAUGAUGGAGAAUAAAGGAAGCAGUGAGAGAGCAGCAUCUCAAAGACCCAAACAUCAUCCUGUGACCUCUGACCCCAGUAUCUGGAGUCAGAGAGCUUCAUCUCCAGAACCCAGCUGUGUGUCUAUGAAGAGUAACGAAUCAAUACAUCAUCCUCCUGACCUUAGUGCUGAAGCAGUGAUCUCUGACCCCAGUAUCUGGAGUCAGAGAGCUUCAUCUCCAGAACCCAGCUGUGUGUCUAUGAAGAGUAACGAAUCAAUACAUCAUCCUCCUGACCUUAGUGAUGAAGCAGUGAUCUCUGACCCCAGUAUCUCCAGGAGGGGGAGUCAGAGAGCUUCAUCUCCAGAACCCAGCUGUGUGUCUAUAAAGAGUGGCGAAUCAAUACAUCAUCCUCCUGACCUCAGUGAUGAACCAGUGACCUUUGACCUAAGUAGAGUGGAUAGAGACAGGAGCAUCUCCCCGUUACAGUUCAGGCCCUCGGUCCCCCGCCUGACCAGCACCUUCACUCCCAUUAGGACGUCCCAGGAUAGACAUAAACUACUGAGUGUCAAAGACCAGCACAAAACCAGCAUGAAGAAGAAGUAUGAGAGAUUAUUUGAGGGAAUGAAACUCCAAGAGAAUGAAGCCCUCCUGAACAGGAUCUACACACAGGUCUACAUCAUAGAGGGAGAGAGUGAAGGAGUGAAUAAACAACAUGAGGUUUUACAGAUGGAGAAAACCGCCAGAACACAAGUCUCACAAGACACUCCAAUCUACUGCAAUGACAUCUUUAGAGCCUCACUUGAACCAGGAUGUGAGGAGAAACAACAAAUCAAGACUGUUCUUACUAAAGGCAUCGCUGGAAUCGGAAAAACCAUCUCUGUGCAGAAGUUCAUUCUGGACUGGGCUGAGGGCAAAGCCAAUCAGGAUGUAGAUUUCAUGUUUGUGCUUCCAUUUAGAGAGCUGAACUUGAUCCGAGAUCAUCAGUACAGUCUUCACAGACUCCUGCUGGACUUUCAUCCUGAACUUCAAGAUCUGGACUCGGAGAUUUAUGAGGGGAGUAAAGUUGUGUUCAUCUUUGAUGGUCUGGAUGAAAGCAGAAUCACACUGAUGUUUUCAGAUGCUCAGAAAGUUUCUGAUGUGACUGAGACUUCAUCAGUGGGUGUGUUGAUGUCAAAGCUCAUGAAAGGAGAGCUGCUUCCCUCUGCUCUCAUCUGGAUCACCUCCAGACCAGCAGCAACCAAUCAGAUCCCAUCCAAAUACAUCAACCGUCUGACAGAGAUUCAGGGGUUCAAUGAGCCUCAGAAGGAGGAAUAUUUCAGGAAGAGAAUCAGUGACGAGCAUCAAGCCAGCAGAAUCAUCUCACACAUCAGAAGAGCAAGAAGCCUCAACAUCAUGUGCCACAUACCCGUCUUCUGCUGGAUCUCAUCCACUGUGCUUCAAAAACUCCUGAAAGAAGAUCUGAAUGCUGAAAUCCCUCAAACUCUGACUGAAAUGUACAUCCACUUCCUGCUGAUUCAGAUCAAGAUGAGGAUUCAGAAGUAUGAAGAGAGAGAUCCAGAGAAACUCCUGCAGUCCAACAGAGAAGUGAUUGUGAAACUUGCUGAAGUGGCUUUUAAUCAGCUGAUGAAGGGCAAUGUGAUGUUCUAUGAGGAGGACCUGGGAGAGAGUGGCAUAGACGUCACUGACGCCUCAGUGUAUUCUGGGAUUUGCACUGAGAUCUUUAAGGAGGAAUCUGUGAUUCAUCAGAGGAAAGUCUACAGCUUCAUUCAUCUGAGCGUUCAGGAGUUUCUCGCUGCUUUCUAUGUGCUUUACUGCCAUUUAACAAAUAACAAGCAAACGCUGCAGUUUCUAGGUGAAAAAUAUAAACAUGACCAUGAAUAUGACUCUGACAGUGAUUAUGACUUUGAAUAUGAUUUUGACCAUGAAUAUGGAUAUAAUAAGCACACAUCUGAUGAAGACUCUAUUUAUGAUCUACUAACAUCAGCAGUAGAUAAAGCCCUCAAGAGUGAGAAUGGACAGCUGGAUCUGUUCCUGCGGUUCCUGCUGGGCAUCUCACUGGAGUCCAAUCAGAGACUCUUACAGGAUCUACUGACUCACACAGAGAAAAGCUCAGAGAGCAUCAGAGAAACCACACAGUACAUUAAAGACAAGAUCAAAGAUCCAAAUGAUCAUUUUUCAUCUGACCAAUCAAUAAAUCUGUUCCUCUGUCUGCUGGAAGUGAAAGAUCAGACUCUGUCCAGAGAGAUUCAGGAGUUUGUGAAAUUAGACAAACACUCAGAGAAGAAACUCACUCCUGCUCACUGCUCAACAAUGGCCUACAUGCUUCAGAUGUCAGAGGAAGUGCUGGAUGAGCUGAACUCCAUAAAAUACAACACAUCAGAUGAGGGUAGAAGAAGACUGAUACCAGCUGUGAUCAACUGCAGAAAAGCUUUUCUUUCUGGCUGUAAUCUCACUGUUCAGGAUUCUGAAAUACUGUCAUCAGCUCUUCAGUCCUUAAACUGUUUCCUGAGAGAGCUGGAUCUAAGUAACAAUGACCUGGAUUCAGGAGUGAAGCUGAUCUCUGAUGGACUAAAGAGUCCAAACUGUCAGCUGCAGAUACUGAGUCUCUCUGGCUGUAAUCUCACUGCUCAGCAUUGUGAAAGAGUGUCAUCAGCUCUUCAAUCCUUAAACUGUGUCCUGAGACAGCUGGACCUGAGGAACAAUGACCUGCAGGAUUCAGGAGUGAAGUUGCUCUCAAAUGGACUGAAGAGUCCGAACUGUGAGCUGCAGAUACUAAAUAUUUCUGGCUGUAAUCUCACUGGUCAGUCUUGUGAGAGUUUGUCAUCAGCUCUUCAAUCCUCACACUGUGUUUUGAGAGAGCUGGACCUGAGUAACAAUGACCUGCAGGACUCAGGAGUGAAGCUGCUUGGACUGAAGAGUCGAAACUGUGAGCUGCAGAUACUGAGGUUGUCUGGCUGCAUGGUGACAGAGGAAGGCUGUGGUUUUGUGUCUUCAGCUCUGAGUUCAAACCCCUCACACCUGAGAGAGCUGGAUCUGAGCUACAAUCACCCAGGAGAUUCAGGAGUCAAGCUGCUCUCAGACAAACUGGACCAUCCAAACUGCUCACUGCAGAGACUUGAUGUGGAUCAUGGAGGAGAGAUCAUGAUGACAGCAGGACUACGAAAGUAUGCCUGUGAUCUCACACUGGAUCCAAACACAGCAUACACUUAUCUCAUUCUGUCUGAGGAGAACAGGAAGGUGACAUAUGUGAAAGAGAAGCAUUCAUAUCCUGAUCAUCCAGAGAGAUUUGAUGAGAUUCCUCAGGUUCUGUGUGGAGAGAGUCUGACUGGACGCUGUUACUGGGAGGCUGAAUGGAGCAGAGAAGCUUAUUUAUCAGUGUCAUAUAAAGGAAUCAGCAGGAAAGGAGGAAGAGAAGACUGUGCGUUUGGAUUGAAUGACAAAUCCUGGAGUCUGUACUGCUCCAAAAAAGGAUUCACUGUCUGGCACGAUAAUAACAAGACUGAUAUUCCUGCCUUCUGUUCAUCCUCUAAUAGAGCAGGAGUGUAUAUAGACGUGACAGCUGGCACUCUUUCCUUCUACAGCGUCUCUGACACACACACACUCACACACUUACACACACUCAACACAACAUUCACUGAAGCCCUCUGUGCUGGAUUUAGGGUUUUUGAUAAUUCUUCAGUGUCUCUGUGUCAGAUUAAACAACAGACACACACUUGAAAAUCAUCUAACGUUGACAUGCACACAAAGUCAUCAAAUCUCACAUAAUAACAUUUGUAUUAAUUCAUUUUUAAUUAAUGUUUUUCAUUAUCAUCCAGAAGAACUUAAUCUAGAUCAGACACACAAACUCUUCUGUACAAAACACAGUAAUAAAGUAAUUCCAGGAGCUUCAGAGCUCAAUCUGCUGCCUUGAUCACUAGAAAAUCUUCUUUUGAAAUGAUUGUCUUUUAUUCUUUAUUAUGUCUCCACAAGCACAACAGCUUUAUAUGACAGGAGCAACACACCAGCCUCUGUGCCUCAGCUGAAACUAAAGCUAACUAAAGUAAAGAUAAUAUUUGUGUGUAUUUAUAAUCAAAGACUGACGGAAGGUGUUCUGGGUCAAUUUGACAAACUGAAAUGUGUGAAAUAUUUCUGAUCAUAAUGAAUCUUUCUCUGAUUAGACAGAAUCAUCUGGAAGGAAGACAUCAGAUAUCAGUGGUCUGACCGCAGAGAGGUGUUUAUGUUUUACGUCUCUGCAUCAUAAUGCAGUCAGGGCUCUCUCUGUCUUGCGCCCAUUUAAACGAGGUUUUGUCCAGCCAAAGCUUUUUUUAAGAGAUAUAAAUCAGGCAUUGAUGUAAAUUGCUUGUAUUAAUUCCUCAGCUGCAAAUACUGCUCACUUGUCUCAGAACAUAUGCAGAAAUUUGGUCAAAAACAAUCUUUAAGUUUUAAAUGUGUUUUUGGAAUGUUUGAUUACUCAAAAGAAAGAGAAGGAAAGUACUAUAAAGUUAAUUUAUGUUUCUUCAGGCAACAUAUAUACAAAUGUGAAUAUAGCAGAGCUAAGCCUUUCUUUCCUUUUGCGAGUGCAGUGCGCUUGCAGAGAGACUCCACCCACACCCCAUCUUUUUUUACUUCUAAAACAUCCGGUUAGUGAGGUCAGAAAACACGUUCUGAUGACGGACAUCACUUCCGUUGUCAGAGUGCAUUCAGACCUCACUAACCAGAUGCGCAGGGCAGCUGGACAUAGUGGUGUUUUAGAGAUAAAAAAUGAUAUAAAAAAUGAUAUAAAUACUGUUCGGUUUCUCGCACAAAGCGAUCGUUUCGUGUCUUAGGACAUCAAUGUGUCAUUGCGAGCCGCAGGGUUUAAUUUGGAUUUGUCUGUGCAUGUCUGUGCAGAUCUAUACAGCUGGAGCUGGGGAAGGUGGAGGGUUUUAGAGGAACUCUGAAGCACGCUGCAAACUGCUAUAGUGAAUGUAACCAGCCAUUUAAAUGUGUGAGCAACAGCUCAUUGGCUGCAGAUGUGACAUGGACCAAUCAGCUUGUGCCAGUAGUUAACGCUAUAAUUAUCAUCAGCCUGCGCCCUCUAGAGUUUCAUGACUGAACUAUGUAUUUAUACUGCUUCUAUAUUCUGUGAAUCAUAUCUUUUGAUUUUAUACCACAAUUUCAUAUGCUGUAUCUCUCUGUAAAGAAAAGCUAAUACAGUUUAACAAGGGUGUGUUUCCUAAAGCUAACUAUGGUUGCAAGUUCUGUCGUUACCAACAAAAUUCAAGGGAACUUGUGGCCAUAUUUGACUUUAGGAAACGCAGCCCUGUGCAUUUAAAAUUGCGUGAGUAAAGUGGGGGGCGGAGUUUGAGAAACCAACACAAGCUUGCUGCUGUCAAAUAUUUGAUCCAAGUCUGAUAUGUGUUAAAAUAUUCUUUGUUACAUGUAAACUAUUAACAUGGUCUUGAUGGAUAGGUGUCAAUCACUGUGGCAUGAAGUGCUCAUGUGUCAUCCUCAGAUCUUCUGUGUACAGCAUUGAGCAGUACAGUAUCGUGACACUGUCACCAAAAACAAACAUUUAAAUGUGUAAUUCCUGAAAUCACUGUGAUUUGUGAAGGCUUAUAUUGUGUUAUAUUCUGUUUUGGCUUUCAUUAUAUUUUGGUUCUGUUACUUUUUGCCUGUGUGCCAUGUCAUUUGGCCUAGUUUCUUGGCUUCUUUGAUUUUUGUUUCCGGUCACCUGUUGUCCAAUGAAUUAGCUCAUUGGCUCCUCCGUGUAUUUAAGUCCUGUCCUGUGUACAGAGAUCUCUCCCAGCCUCCCUCUCCUACUUCCUCUACCAAAGCCAGCCAGAUCCCCAGCCCUGCCACCGCUGGUUCCUGCUAGUCCCUCGGCUCAUCCUCAGUUGGCUUUCUGCAGGGUUGCAGAUCCGCCUUUGUUUUUACAGUCCCCAGCUCCAUCUUAGCAUGAGGAUCCCGUCUCUGCCUCCAGCCAUCGAGCCCCAGACUCCACCUCGUCCCUCCGACCCAUCUGCUCUUUAUAGUUUAAAAUAUUAGUAUUUAUCUUACCAUUGAUUCAUCAACUCGUCUUGUGUGGAUCACCUUUGUUGAUUUUAAGUGGACCAGGAAGCAUCAACUUUGGGAGUUCUGUACACUUGCAUUACAUGUUCACACAGAGAUGGAUUGUUUUGGAUUGUUGGAUCGUUCAUCUGAAAUUCACGAGUUCACACUUACAUAUAAUUAGAUAGAGUAAAGGUUAUGUGUAUUUGGUGUGCUGUCCAGGGGGGUCCGAAGUUGGACUUUUGGGCCGAACCCAGAGUACUCCCCCAGCUGUGAUAAGAAUAGUUAGAACUAGAAGUGAGGAGAUGGGGUGGGAAAGGGAUGCUGAUAAACUCAACGAAUGGAGGCAAGUCUGCUGUAUAUAUACCUCUUAUCGUUAAUUGAGUUGAUUAACUGAAUGUGCUCCUCUCAUGCUAAUUAGGUUAAUUAUCUGAACGUGCUCCUCCUGAACUUUGUUAAUGAAACAUCAUGUCAUUUAUAUCGGGGAUUCCAUGAGUCAAUGAUGAGAUAAGUUUUAUUUUUGGGUGGAUUAUUCCUUUAAUGCUGCUGAU